GAGGAGAGAGGGAUGCCUAGAAAAAAAAAAAUGAAACUCCUCAGCACUAAUUUUUCCACAUCUCUGCAGGAGAAGAUGGAGACCUGCAGCUCUACGCGGAUUAAUCCCUAUUUAGAGUGAGCGUGUGUGUUGUCAUCUCGACACAAACAGGAGGUGCAUCUUUUUUAUUUUUUUAUUCUAGUAGAAAAAAAGGACCAUAUUGAGGUCAGAGGAAAGCGUUGCCAAGGCGACCAGCUUGCAUAGGGAGGGAGGACACUGCGGCGCGCGUCACACGCCGGGAGCGCGCUUUUGCGAGCGUGCACGUGCGCGCGACAGUUUCGCCGAGGCGUGCACAUCACAGCAGCAGCAGCAAGCAGCAAGCAGCAGCAUCCUUUUUUUCUUUUCCCAACACGAGACUAUACCGUGCAGUCUGUGCCCGCCACUGUUACCGAGCCUGACGCUCGCACCACCACUUGGACUUGGUGUUCUGCGGUGUCUGAGGCUCUUCUGGAGGGGAUUUAUUGAGGAUUUAUCGACGAAAACGCCAGAAAAACGCUGAAAAACUGAUGCUACCGCCGGUCAGCACAUGCAGGUGACACUUCUUUCCUCCUCCAGGGCUGUCAGGUGUGUUUUAAAGCCUGCAGACAACACUAGUUAUUUGUGGGGUUAUUUUUUUUUUUUGUUAAGGCCUAGAUAAAAAAAAAAAACAGACAUUCUUCCUUCAGCCUAGAAAUGAAUUAAUAUAUUACUGGAGAAAGACGAGGAUGGAGAAUCAUCCUCCAACGUUAUCCUGCUGCUGGAUGUGCUGUGUGAUGCAGUAGAGCAGCUUGGUUUUCUGUCUCCAGUCAUGAAGUCUCACCUGGAUUGAAGGAGAUAUAGUGCUGUUGUUGUUGGAUGGGGGGGAUGCAUUUUUGAAGGUGGUGUUUUUUAUUUUUUAUUUUUAAGAAUUAAGUACUUUUUGCUGGCUUGCUGGAGGGCGCUUUAGUGAAGAGGACAAGGAGGAGAAAUCUCAGGAAAAAUCAGUGGGAGUCUGGCAUCACACCAGCACCCAGUGGAUCACACAUUAACAGAAUUCCGUGGCUGUGAAAAAACAAUCAAAUGAUUUGGAUAAUAGAAGACCAAUAGGGAUGGAACGCAACAGAACCAUGGCUGGGGAAGCGUUUCGGAUCCUUGUUGCUCACAAUCAACACUGACCUGGCACCCGCGCAGAGGUCCGGCCUCCUUCUCCAGCACCCCAAGGACCCUUCUUUUCCCCCAGCGACUGCUUUGCCCUCCAUCUCACCUUCACUCAACGCUCCUGGUCUUGAUCAAACCUCCAAAAAAAGCAGCUCCUUUUAGUCUUUUGGGGUGAUUUUGUUUUUAAUCCCCCUCUUAUGCUUCACCUUCCAGACUGUUGGUUAUAAUCCACAUUAUCUCAUAAAAAGACUCCAAAAGAGACUAGAAGCAGGUGGCUGAACUGCAUAAAUCCAGUCAUGUACCCCCUUCCACUUGCUCUAAGUAAACAAAGGCGGCGGGGUUUGUUGUCCAGAUCGCGCCCCCUUAGUCUCAUGACAGACUGGUGCCUAAUGGGUGUGCUAGGCCUCAUCCUGCUCUGCAGCCUGGCCUCGAGCCAGAAGAUGGACCCGUCCAAAAACCCCAUAGUCACCACCAACUACGGCAAGAUCAGAGGCAUCAAGAAGGACUUGAACAAUGAGAUCCUGGGCCCCGUGGAGCAGUACCUGGGCGUCCCCUACGCAACGGCACCCAUCGGCGACCGCCGCUUCCAGCCGCCCGAAGCCCCGGGAUCCUGGCAGGAGAUUCGCAACGCCACCCAGUUUGCCCCCGUGUGCCCUCAGAACGUCCACGGCGUGCUCCCGGAGAUUAUGCUGCCCGUGUGGUUCACCGACAACCUGGACGUGGCGGCGGGUUACAUCCAGAACCAGAGCGAGGACUGCCUCUACCUCAAUAUCUACGUGCCCACGGAGGAUGGUCCGCUCACAAAAAAACAUGAUGAAUCUUCAAUGAACAAGCCUCGAGACGAAGAUAUUCGCGACCGCAGGAAGAAGCCGGUGAUGUUGUUUAUCCACGGAGGUUCCUACAUGGAGGGCACCGGGAACAUGUUCGAUGCCAGCGUCCUGGCCGCCUACGGCAACGUGAUCGUGGUGACCAUGAACUACCGGCUUGGUGUGCUCGGCUUCCUCAGUACCGGCGAUCAGUCCGCUAAGGGGAACUACGGCCUGCUUGACCAGAUUCAGGCCCUGCGUUGGCUCAACGAGAACAUCGGCCACUUCGGCGGAGACCCGGAGAGGAUCACCAUCUUCGGCUCCGGAGCUGGGGCGUCCUGCGUCAACCUCCUCAUCCUCUCGCACCACUCGGAGGGUCUGUUCCACAGGGCCAUAGCCCAGAGUGGAACCGCCAUCUCCAGCUGGUCCGUCAACUACCAGCCCCUCAAGUACACCAAGAUCCUGGCCCGCAAGGUGGGCUGCACCUACACAGAGACGGCCGACCUGGUCGACUGCCUGAGGCGCAAGAACUUCAGGGAGCUGGUGGACCAGGACAUCCAGCCAGCUCGCUACCACAUCGCCUUUGGCCCCGUGGUGGACGGAGACGUGGUGCCUGACGAUCCGGAGAUCCUCAUGCAGCAGGGGGAGUUCCUCAACUAUGACAUCCUGAUAGGAGUGAACCAAGGAGAGGGGCUGAAGUUUGUGGACGACAGCGAGGACAACGACGGCAUCUCAGCCGCGGCGUUCGACUACACCAUCUCCAACUUUGUUGACAACCUCUACGGCUACCCGGAGGGCAAAGACAUCCUGAGGGAGACCAUUAAAUUCAUGUACACAGACUGGGCAGACAGGGACAACGGCGACAUGCGGAGGAAGACCCUCUUAGCUCUGUUUACAGACCACCAGUGGGUGGCGCCGGCAGUGGCCACCGCCAAACUCCACGCCGAGUUUCAGUCGCCGGUUUACUUUUACACGUUCUACCACCACUGCCAGACCGAGACGCGGCCCGAGUGGGCCGACGCCGCCCACGGAGACGAGAUACCGUACGUGUUUGGCGUGCCCAUGAUCGGCGCCACGGAUCUGUUCCCGUGCAACUUCUCGAAGAAUGAUGUGAUGUUGAGCGCCGUGGUGAUGACCUACUGGACCAACUUCGCCAAGACUGGGGACCCCAACCUGCCAGUCCCUCAGGACACCAAGUUCAUUCACACCAAGCCCAACCGCUUUGAAGAGGUCAUCUGGACCAAGUUCAACUCAAAGGACAAGCAGUACCUCCACAUUGGCUUAAAACCUCGUGUUAGAGACAACUACAGGGCCAACAAGGUGGCUUUCUGGCUGGAGUUAGUGCCCCACCUCCAUAGUCUACAUGAGGAGCUCUUCCCCACCACCACCCGCUCGCCGGUAGGCCCUGGCCUAGGCACCCCCAGAAUCUGGACCAAAACGCCUCGCCCCACUCGUCACCCCUACCCUACCUUACCCUCCGAUCCAGAGAUGGAGGGUUCGGAGCGUCCGGUCCCGAUCCUCUUCCCGGGAGACACCCGGGACUACUCCACCGAGCUGAGCGUGACGGUCGCCGUGGGGGCGUCGCUCCUCUUCCUCAACAUCCUGGCCUUCGCCGCCCUUUACUACAAGCGCGACAAGAGGCACGAGAUGCGACGCCACCGCCUGUCUCCUCAGCGGGGCGGGCCCGCCAACGACCUGGCUCACAGCCAGGAGGAGGAGAUCAUGUCGCUGCAGAUGAAGCACUCGGAGCACGACGCUCACCACGACAUGGAGCCGCUCCGGCCCCACGACAUCCUACGACCCGCCUGCCCGCCUGACUACACGCUGGCGCUGCGCCGCGCCCCCGACGACGUGCCGCUGAUGACGCCUAACACCAUCACCAUGAUCCCCAGCACCAUCACCAGCAUGCAGCCCCUUCAUGCCUUCAACACGUUCCCCUCCACCGGCCAUAACAACACCCUGCCCCACCCUCACUCCACCACCAGGGUAUAGUAGGGACUGGCCCGACACAGCGCCGCCUAAGGACCAGGAGGACUGGCUCUGCCACUGAUCUAGAAGGGAGGCCUCUGGAUUUGGGCCUUUGUUCUGUUCUCUUAUUCUCUUGUUUCUCCAAAAACAACUCCACCUCCUCCAUCAUGUGCUGUCAAACUGAGCAGCUCCACUGGUGGUGUGUGGAGGAGCAACUGAACUGCACGGCAGCAGAUGAUCAGUUUCGGGGGUGAUUCAGAUCUUUCAAAGAUACUCUUUUCAAAGGUCUGCCGUUUCCAGACUAAAGCCCCCUGACAUUUGUCAAAAGGACGAAUGCUUUUCGGCCCUCGCAGUUUUCAUCAUGUUCUUCUUCUUUUCUCUCCCUGGUGUGUUAUGUGCAUAUACCGUUCUCUUUUCUACAUCUGUGUCUUAUCCCUGCUUUGUUCCUCUCAUUCUGAUUCUCUCCCUCUCCCCAGCGCUCCUCUGCUCCAAGGACUCACGAACUACUGAGCUGUAGGACGGGGCGCAUCGAGUACAUACUGUAAUCACAUAGCUAUGAAAACAUUGAUAUCUUUCAUUCUACCAGCAUUCUUGGUGCCAAGUAUGUACUACUGUGUUUGCUUUCUCAUCGGGGGGAGAAAAAAAACUAAAGAAGAUUCUAGAGUAUUCCUAUUUACUGUCAAUUAACAGAUGCUGUGUGUUCUCAUGACAAAGUGCCAAACUGGCCCUCGAUUGUGUUUCUUUCUUUCAUCUUCGGUUUCUUUUUUUUUUUUUCUUGCAUUUGUUUAAUUGUUGUUUUUUGUGGAAAGAACUUUUGCUGAAAAUAUAGAUAUAGAGAAAUGAUAUUAUAUAUAGUUAUAUAUAAAUGUGUACAAAGGAGAAAGUAUAUAAAUGGGUUUUCUCAGUGGGGAUCUAUGCAUGAAUUAUUUUUCAAGAUGAUGACGGUGGGUGAAGGACACUGUAUCUGUCAAUGCACGUUUCCCAAAUCUAAUCAAAUCAUAUCGGUCCACUCUGGAUAUUUCGGUUUUACCUCGCAGAACAAGAACAUCGCGGAAAAUCCCAACGAAUCCUCUUCGCCUCCCAUUAAAAGAGUCAUUGCCACAAAUCUCAGAAGAUGUUGAUGAACAACUGUGAACAUACUCUUCCAUUCAUUCUCUCCCACAUGGUGUUAUUUUUUCUCCAACCAGGUGAUGCUAGCACGCCGACAGCAAGCCCAUCAUCCUACGGUAGCUACGUUUUCUUCCCGUCUGUAUGGAGAGGAUCGUUUUUUUAGGGUACGCCAGGUACCAAAUCUGUUGUUGUAGCUUGCCUGUACAGAAUUAUUUUUGUAUUUCAGUAAGGGUGAGAAACAAAGCAGAGACAGGCAGCCUUUGCUCUUAUACGUACACCUUCCUUCUCCUGUCUGCGCCCCUAUUUCCAGCACAUGCAUAUUCUGUUUGAUGUGAGAGAAAGAGAGUGUGUGUGUUUGUGUGUCUGAAAUGCUUCACAUGGGCAUAGGUGGGCCCUAAUUAGACAGCAAAGAGAUAGAGAGGCAGACAGGCAGGAUCACCCCCAUGGUAAAAACUUCAGCUCCUUCCUGCUGCAGACACCCUCCCUCCCCCAUCAGCAUCACUUACUCCCUCCCUUCUCCUGUCUCCGUCAGUACCUACUCUGGCUUUGUAUUCGAGGCCGACCCAUAUUGCGGUGAUCACCCGUGAUCGACUCCCUGCUGUGACCACAAAACUCCAAAACACCUGACUUCACUGUGUCAGCUACACAAUUUCUGACCUCAGUUCAGCUCUGCUAUAUUAUCCUCACAUUCAAGGGUUAGUUCACUAAGCUAGUGACUUUUUUUUUUUGUGAGCUCGUCAGUUGUAAAUUAAACUCUUAAGCACACCGAGGGUAACCGGUGGGCCUUCGCGGUCUGCGGCGCAGAUCCGCAGGAUGAAAAAGGGGGGCUCGGAUCUCCUAAACAGGGUAAAAGCAACACAGUUGACAACUGCUGUUUCUGCUCUUUUCUUUCGGGUGAGAAUGCGCAGGCCUACAGCUCAGCGAUGCCCCCACCUCCCCCUCCGACGGAUCUCAAACAUGGAUCACGGUUAAUACAGUAUGUUAACUGAACUGGUGCGCUGCUGUUUGAGCCCACAGGAACACAUGGUAGCCUACGUCCAGUAUGGGAGAAGAAGUUAGUCACCGGUGCUGUCUUUGCUUGUGCUCUAGCUUUAGCCUGUUUGUUUGUUUGUUUUCUAUUUUAUUACUGCCUAUCGGGGGUGGUGGGGGAGGGCUGGAAGGGGGGAGAGAUAUACACCUGGCUGCUCCCGUCAGAGAUUUUGUAAGCCCACUGAAAGGGAAAUGUGCACAAUGUAAAACACAAAACAACUGAAUUGGGCUUCAGGGUGGAUAAAUGCUGUGGAACAGAUGACGGACAGUAGUGCGAGGAAAAGGUGCACGCUGUGGAAAAAAAGAGACUCUGGGAGGAGAUUGGAAAAAGACUCACAGCCUUAAAUGUAGAAAUCAGAAUCAAGGACAUUAAAAGGCAUGGCCAUCUUUCUACCCACAAUGUUUGCCAGGAGGAUACCUUGCUAAUCUGUCCUACGGAGGAUCACACCCAGAUGAACCCUUUUGUACUCACUCCUGUGGAUAAGGAGGCAGUGAGGGGGCUGUGAGGUAAACCUCACCACAACACAGCUACAAUGACACAGGUGAAAACAGAAACAAGGUAUUUAGUUUGGUCUGUUCUUUUUUUUCCCCUGUCUAUUUUAUAAGCUAACACUGGAGGGCGCCACUGCGGCGGCUUCACCGCAGUCUGCCCACCCUGAGGACACUGGACGUGUGAAGAAAAAUACCAAACUGGGUGGCAGGACAGAGACAGACACACGACAUCUGGAAGAGGAUCAAAACUGUACAUUUUUAAGUGUAAGAAUCAAACAGACAAAAUAUUUGUAAAUAUUAAGUUUCUUGUUUGUUUUUCUUUUUUUCUUUUUUUCUUUUUUUUUGAGUGAAUGAAUGAAAUGCUUAUUUUGUGACAACAAAAGACAACAGGUGCAGUUUGCAAAAAAAAAAAAAAAAGGGCCACUCGCUUGAGGUUUCAAAUUCAUUGGUGAGUAAAAAAAAAAAAAUGCUUGCCACUGAUCACUUUUCAUUCCGUUAGAAAAAUGACUUUUGUUUUUACUUUGUCUCACGUUGCCCAUCAUCAUGUGGGCAUCCUGUAGCAUCAUGAUUCCUAACCAGGAACGUCACUGUAGCAGAAAUCCAUCUUCACUGCAGCCCCCAUACAACAGUAUAGUUUGAAUAUUACAUUUUUAAAUUAUAGUUUAAGCCUGUGGGUUCAUAGCUCUUUGUUAUGCGUUUCUUUUUUUUUUAAGCUUUUAUUUUGAAAUAUAUCUAGUGAUCCAACUAUACUCCUGAUGAAUCUGUGCUGCCUGAUCUGUGUAACUUCAGAGCAUUUAUGGAAACAUCUCAGAGGCUAAAUACACUGAUAAACGCCAGCUAACUGAUGUAAUGGUGGUGGAGGGAGAAGUCAGGACUUCUAAACUAAGAAAGUGCAGUCAAUUCAAUGUUAUAGCUCACUUCACAUGUAGCAGUGUUUACAUGUAGCCACUUAAUCACACGUGGGACAGACAUGAGGGCUUUGAUACCAUAAGAUGCCUCAUAGAGUAAUGAGAUCACACAAGGUGGUCUGACUUUAUUCCUUCGACACACUGUGUUGCAUUGUGGUUAUGGAGGUUGUGUUGACCUUGCAGUGAUGUGAUGUAGCAGUGAAGAGCUUCAUGUUCUAAAAAGUCAAGAGAGAUGGAUGAAAUGUUAGGCGGUCCACUUUCAGAGUCUGAGCGUGUGCGUGUUAACAGUGGAUCAGACUGGAUGUAUGUGGACACACACUUAGCCUCGCCUGUGUUAGAGAGUGACUCGCUGCAGCCCUGCGGGUCACACAGUCGGGGGCUGGAUUUCGGUUUAUUCUUAUUUCAACGUGCCCGAAAACUGCAGCAAACCAAGCAAACCAAAAAUGACUUCAUAUCGCUGAGGUUAUUUAGAGAUCCUGUGUCAGGUCAGUGGUGUGUGUAAGCACAUGGUUAACACCCCACAAUGGCAAAGACAAUGACACAUAACGCCCUCACUGGCUUUAAAUCUCCAGCUUGGUCUCCAUUGCGAAGUUGCACCUGUUGUCUUGUUUUUACAUUCUUUGUUGAAUUCAGAAACCCAAGACUUGAGAUGAAGAAAAAUGUUAAAUAAUGGAAUUUAAAAAAGAUGAUUAUUAAAAAAAAAGUAUAGUAAAACUAUAUAAAUAAAUGAGGUGAUGAUAUUUCUGUUUACUUUAGAAGUUAUUAUACACUGUAUGCUGUGAUUCUGAUCUGGGAAACAUUAAAGACAUUCAUAGCCAGUCUGA